AUGAUCUACAACCGCGCUGAUGGCGCCAUCAUCAUGACAGGCUCUCGCAAUGUCAAUGCUACGGUCAAGGCCAUCCACAUUGCUGCCAACAUGCCUGGCACGGCUGGUUGCAGCGCCAACGUCUACACCACCGCCAAGCAGAACAUCAUCGCCCGACAAACCACCAUUCCCGACGUCCACCAGUAUGAGGGUGACAAGGUUGACAACGCCGCUGGUGGUGACCAGGACACCGCCAACGCGGACACCGCCAACGCGGACACCGCCAACGCGGACACCGCCAACGCGGACACCGCCAACACGGACACCGCCAACGCGGACACCGCCAACGCAGACACCGCCAACACGGACACCGCCAAUGUGGACAGCGCCAACGCAGACACCGCCAACACGGACAACAGUGCCAACACGGACAGUGCCAACGCGGACACCGCUGAAGCCAAGUACAAUGUGCAAAGCGCUUGA